GCCUGUAGCAGCGUUACUCUGUGAUCUGGCCGACUUGCUAACCAGGUCAAACUGAUGCGCGGGGCUUGAUAGCAAUUGUUCAGGUUUGAGCUGGCGCAGGUUCUUUUCCCUCCGUACGGAUCGAAACAGAACUAAGCAGGUGAAGCUGAUUCCUUCUCUUUCCCCGACUUCUACAUAUCCCUCUUUUAUUUUGUCUUAUCCCGUUUUUCUGCCCUUUUCACCCUCCUCCUCUUGGCCUUUCUUCUAACUGCGAGUUCCGCCGCUUCAAAACUUCCCAGGAUCUGCAGGUGCGCGGACUUAAAAGACAGCUGAGUAGUUCCAGGCGGGUCCGAUUUUAUUCGAGACAGAACAAACUGGCUGUUCCGUUAUCACUUGCCAAACCACUGGAGUCCAAACAAAUCUCCCAACCCAGCUGACAUCAGUGCUGGAGCAGAAUGAAAGUAUGGCAAUUCCUCAACCGCGCCCUGCACCGGCUGCAGAAAGGGCCGGGCUACACCUACACUGAACUCCUGGUCUGGUACUGCGAGAACACCAACACGCACGGACCGAAACGAAUUGUGACUGAGGGGCCCAAGAAGCGGGCUGUGUGGUUCGUGCUCACUCUAGCCUUCACAGGGCUUGUCUGUUGGCAAUGGGGAAUCCUUAUCCGGAGCUACCUUGCCUGGGAGGUCAAAGUGAACCUACGGACUGGCUUCAAGGCAAUGGAUUUCCCUGCUGUCACAGUCUGCAACUCCAACCCUUUCAGGUACACAAGGUCCAAGCAGCUGUUGAAGCAUCUAGAUCAAUUUACCAAACUUGCGCUGGAGCGUAUUUAUGUUUACAGCCAGAACGGGACAAUUCCUAGUGAGCUGCCAGUAUCAGAGACAAACUGGAGCCAGGUGGCAUCGCUGGUCAUCAUUGAGAAGAAUGAGCAAGGAGAGGAGAAUGUUCUGCAGGUCCUGGGGUUGGGGCAAAAUCAGACCCAAUCAGCACCUAGAGACAGGACAUGGACAGGGAGCUACAAGGUGACGAUGGAACUGUGCAAUGAGAAUAGGUCGAACUGUAUAUACAGGAACUUCAGCUCAGUGAUGGAGGUGAUAAGUGAGUGGUACUAUCUGCACUACAUGACCAUCCUGUCAAACGCAUCUCAAUCAGAACGGCAAGCGAUGGCCGAGCAGGGUGAAGAUUUCAUUCUUGCUUGUCUUUUUGGUGGGCAGCCUUGUAAUCUUGAUAACUUCACCCAGUUGAUGCAUCCGAUGUAUGGGAACUGUUACAUCUUCAACUGGGGGUCCAAUGGGCAGAUCCUGAUGUCAUCCAACCCAGGAGCAGAGUUCGGGCUGAAGCUGGUGUUGGAUAUCUCGCAGGAUGAUUACAACCCCUUCCUGUCGUUUGCAGCUGGUGCCAGGCUCAUGCUGCAUCAGCCCAACACCUACCCGUUCCUCGAGGACCUGGGUCUAUAUGCCAGGGCUGGGGCAGAAACAUCCAUUGGAAUAUUUGUGGAUGAAAUAGUGCGUUUGGGUGGCCUGUACUCUCGCUGCACGUUUGAUGGUUCAGAUGUCAAUGUCAAAUCUCUUUUCAAAACUACCUACACCAUGCAGACCUGCCUGCGUUCCUGUUUCCAGGAUCAGAUGGUGCAGAACUGUGGAUGUGGGCAUCAAACUUACCCUCUACCUGAGGGAGCACACUACUGUAACCAGCAGGAUAAUCCGAGUUGGGGUUACUGCUAUUACACUCUGAGAGAGCAGAUUGAGGUGGAGAAUUCCAAAUGCCUGGAGAUAUGCAAACAGCCCUGCAAUGAGACCCAAUAUAGACUGACCAUCUCUAUGGCAGAUUGGCCAUCGGAAUCCUCAGAGGACUGGAUUUAUUCUGUUUUAUCUUAUGAGAGGGAUUACUCAACUACGAUUACUGUAAACAGAUCAAGUGUCCUGAAACUAAACCUGUAUUUCCAAGAGAUUAAUUUCAGGACAAUACAAGAGGACCCAGCCUUAACAAUUGACUGGCUUCCCUCCCAGUUGGGCGGACAGUUUGGGUUCUGGAUGGGUGGCUCCAUUCUGUGCAUCAUUGAGUUGAUGGAGAUCAUGAUUGACUGCCUGUGGAUCACUGCCAUCAAGGUGGUGAAGUGGUGCAAGAGUGAAGUGCGCAAGUCUCGCCGAGCUCAACCACACCUCUCGCACUCUCCACCAAGCGUGAGUCAAUCAGUGGAGGAGCAUGUCAACAGUGGAUUCCAGCUGGAGCCGGAAAGCCAGGUGGAAAGGCCUUGUGCCCUGGCGAUCCCGGGUACACCUCCUCCUCAGUAUGACUCACUCCGGAUCUAUCCAAUCAGCAAAGUCACCAACACUUGGGACUGAAGCUAGAGUUAAAGAAUUGUGUUUGGGCUUUAUUUCAUGGACAUGGGUAGUGGAUCUUACAACAUCCUCAGAGGGUAAAAAAAAGAAAAAAAACUUGCUUGAAUCUGGAUGGCAUAAUACAGCUAUCUCACUAAAUAUUCACAUAGCUGGACCAGGGAAAAAAUAGUUAGCAUCUUUCAGAGUCUCAGGCUGCCUCAACUCACUUCAGAAUGAAACAUUCAAUUAUCUAAUGCAGAAAGCACAGCAGACAAUUUGCCCACAGUACACUCUCAUAAAGAGCACUACAACACCCAAGCAGGUAAGCUUUUACAAUGACUUUUUUUUGGGGAGAUAGUGCUCUGGGACCUAAUAUAUCCCAUUAGCCUCAUCUCAUCAACAGCAUCAAAUGCUCAAACUUGCAGUAUCCAAUCCUCCUCUGAACCUUCCUGACCCACUUGGCCCCCCCAUCACUCUGUCUUUACCUCCUUCCCCCAUGUAUCCAUUUGCCCAUCACUCACUCACUCUUCCCACUCAUUCCCCAUCCCAACCCCACCUUUACUCCAUCAUCUUCAGCUCUUUGACACUUCUCUUUCCAGUUUCUGACAUGGUUCCCACAGUCUCUCCCACCACCCCCUCAUCUCAUCUGGAUUCAUCCAUCACCUACCAGUUCUUACUUCACCUUUUUCCCCUCUUUCUUUCCAAUCCAGAUGAAAGGACUCAUUGAUUGUCCAUAUGCCUCCACAGAUGCUGCCUCACCCGCUAAGUUUGCCAGCAACUCCUAUGUUGCUCACUGACACCAUCUUUUGCUGUGUGGCCUUUCUUGGUACUACACUCUGAACCUGGAGACAACCUGUAACAAUAACCCUUCGCUCAAAGGCAAAUGUGCUGACAAUAUUGAAACUGCAAUACAGAAUCAGGUUUAAUCUCGCUGGCAAAUGUUGGGAAUACAAGUUAGUCACAAGUACACUCCAAAUUAUGAUCAAUAAACUAAUAGGGUUAUUAAUUAAAAAUAAGGGGGGGUUAAAUCAUCACUUGCUCUGGAGAAAUAAAAAUAUAUUUUUUUAAAUGUUUUCUUUGGAAGAUGGAAAUAAAUGUGUAUGUCAGGAAGUCUGAAGUUGCGUGUUUCUUUUGGAUGUCAAUGUUCUAGAAACCUCCCAUAGUUAUGAGAAAUUUGGAUGAAACAACAAUUGAAAAUCAAAAAAAAAUUGCAGAUGCUGGAAGUCUGAAAUGAAGAUGUAACAUGCU